GCAUGGUUCUAUUUAACCACCACCGCUACCAGCCUAGCAAGUAACAUGUUGCCCAGCCCUUCCUGUAGUCUCCUCUCCCGUUCUCUGCCUCGGCUAGCUCCAGCAAGGUAAAUCUUUGCGUCGGAAGAUAGAUGGUGAUGAUGGGGCAGCUGGGGAGGUUCGUGGACGGGAUCAGGUCGAAGAUGCAGGCCGGCGGCUUCGGGAAGAAGGGAGCGGGGAAGAAGGCGGCGGCAGCGGCGGCGUAUGACAAGAUGGGCAAGACGGACAGCAUGAGGGUGGAGAUCAAGAGCCGGCAGGCGCAGAAGCUCAUCGCCAAGAACCUCGUCGCCGCCGAAUCCAUCGGCCGCAGGAGCAGGAACAAGCGCUUCUUCCUCGCCUUCUGAAUUUCUGAUCCAAGCAACAUCAGGAGAACCAGCCGUCCUUGUUCUUCAAAAAGGAGAGAUGUCCUGUCCUAACCUGUGAGCCUUAAUUAGAUAGCGCGGCUGCGAUUGAUCACACACACAUGUAAAUGGUGAUAUGUAUCCUCAGUUCCUCACCUCACCCGUGAGCUUGCUAUUAGAUUCCUAAGCUUUGCAAACUGGAAUUAAUGUUUGUUCAAACUGUAACAGCAUCUGUCAUUCGCUCAUAUAUGUAUCCGUACAAAGUGCAUGUUGUACUUGUUUCAACAUUGAACCUUGCUUACAACAUGGCUUUAUUGAUUCA